AUGGUGGCCGCCUCGCGUCACGGGGCGGGUUUCGCGGAGGUGCUCCUCGAGGAGCACCCCGCGUCUCGCACGAUAUGCGCCGCGGGGUGCGCCGACUCGCGCGUGCGGACGACGCACGCCGACGCCGCCGGCGGCGUCCAGCUGGUCGGCGCGAACGGGGAAAAGCGGCGGUUGCUCUCGUGGGCCAUCCGCAACGGCGACGGCGCGGCGCUGCGACUCACGGAGACGCCGUGCGCGGGCGUCAGGGGCUCGCGCUCGCACGCGCUGCGCAUCGUCUUCCCGCGCGAGCUCCUCCCGAUCGCCGCGAUCGUCGAGACGGACCCCCACGCCGCGGCGAGAGAGGGCGUCGGCGCGGGCGUGCGCGUCGUGGUGGCGGACGUCGCGGGGGACGUGCACGUCGUCCGCGCGCCGCACCCCGCGGAGCUCGAGGCGACGCCGGGGCGUCGCGCGGAGGCAUCCCUCGCGUCCGUCCGCGCCGCCGACAUCGCCACCGUCCACGAUCCACCCUCGCUCCAGGCCCUCGAGGGCGUCGCCAGCGUCUGCGCCGUCGGAGCCAAGAUGGUGGCAUUCGGCGGCGUCGGCGGUCGAAUCGCCCUCCUCGACGCCCUCUCCGACGAUCUCGCACCGUGCGCGGAGCUCAAGCCCGCGACGCUCGCGAGGCUGUGGAACGUCGUCUCCCUCGGCGCGGGAGCCCGAUUCGCGGGCGCGCGGGCCAUCCGAGCCGUGGCGCAGGUACCGUCGCCCCGGAGGCACUCCUCGGACCCGUCGCCGCCCCGGCUUCUCCUCGCCGCGCUUCGCGCCGACUGCCACGUCCAGCUGUGGGACGUCACCAGCCCCGCCAAGCCCGUCUCGCUCGUCGCCAUGCAGCUCCCGUCGCCGAGCGGCGGCGGCAACGGGGGCGGGUACGAGAGCGGCGGCGGCUCUCCCGGAGGUUUCGGGUCGCCGUCCCAAACGGCGCCCGGCUCCCCCCUCGGAGGCGGAGGCGCGGGGGAGAGGGCGGCGCACUGCAUGGGCUGCGGCGAGGGGUACCUCGCGGUGUCAACCUACGGCGUGGACGCGUCCGCGUCGUCGUCCGCGUCGUCGUCUGCGUUUCCGAGACCCCGCGACGGCAAAAUCUCCGUCUACGCCCUCGACGUGAAGGUUGGCGCCGAGGGAUCGUCCAGCGCGAGCCUGGCGUUUCACAGCCCGGUGGUGGGCGGCGACGGCGUCACCAUCGCGCUGGCGGUGUCCGGAGAGUCGAUCUGGGCGCUUCAAGAGGCUUCAGGGCGCGAUUCUUCAGGGCGCGAUGGAACCUUCGGCGAAACCCUCGGCGGCGCGGGCGACCGGGUGCUGAAGGGUUGGCCGCUCGAAUCGCUCAACCGCGCGCACCCGUGCGAGACGCUGGGCGAUGCCGCAGCCGAGCUCGGCGCGUGGGCGGGUCGCGCCGCCUCCGACGCCGCCGCCGCGGGCGCCGCCGCCGCGCUCCUCCUCCGCGGCGGCGCCGUCCCCGGCUCGAUUCACGCGACGGCGGCGGACGUCUCCGACGAACUCGCCUCCGAACUCGCGGUUCGCGGCGUCGCCUCGUCCGCGGUGCUCACCGCCGCGCUCGACGCCGUGGAUCAGCCGUGCCCCGCCGGGGACGACUGCGCGGCGCGUGCCGCCGCGGCGACGCGCUUCGCCGCGGGCGGCGACGACGCCCCCGCCGCCGACGCCGUCGCGGCGUGGUCGCUCAUCGCGCCGGCGUACGCGGACAAAUGGCGACAAAUGCGAGCGCCGUUGGGAAUCGCGUCGCUUCCCGGACUCGAUUCGGGCGCAGCGGUCGUGGUGCUCCGCGAGGGGGCGUCGUCCGUGAUGAGGCCGCUGGACGCCACGGAGGCUGCGGCGUCCCGGGCGGCGCUCAUCGCGAGGACGCCGGGUUUCGCCGAGACGGGGGCGAUUGGUGGCGCGAGCCUCGGGGCGACGGCGCCGCACCUCGCGGCGCUCGCGCUCGGGUGUCACAUGAACGACCUGCUCGGCGCGCCCGCGUGUCACGCGAUGGAUCUGGUCGCCGGGGGCGCGGGGGGUGCCGUCGUGGGUGCCCACGGGGUGCCCACCGAGGAUGGCGGGGGCCGCGGGGGCGCUUUCGCCCGAGCGUCGCCCGCGGCGCGAGCGGCGGUGAAGGAAGCCGCCGCGUUCGCCGCCACGGAGGAUUGGCUCGACGCCGCGGUGGCGCUCGCGCUCGGGCGGGUGACGGCGCAGCCGCACGGCGGGAUGGACGACGCGGCAAAGGCGGCGCUGAGGGAGAGACGCGCGAGGCAGCGCCGCGCGGCUGGGACGCUCAGAGCGUGCAUCGCCAGAAUCGGGUCGGACCCGAUCGGCGCCAUCGCGAAUGCGCUGGACGCGAUGGAGUGGAGGCCGGAGUCGAUAGAGGCGGUGGAGAGGGACGUCGGGGAGGCACGGACGCGCGAUGGGGUUUCCUCGGCGGAGUGGACCGAGGGCGCGAGGGCCCAGGCGGCGCGGCAGCAGGCUGGCGCGAGGUGCGCGGCGCUUCGGGGGCUCUUGCUGCUGCUCGGAGCGAUUCGAUGGGGCGGAUCGCGCGUGGGCGCGCCCCCCGGGUGCGACCGCGCCGCCGCGGCGCUGAUCCCCCGCGCCGCCGCGCAGCACCGCGCGUCGUUGCUCGCUCGUUGGCUCACGGCGACGCCGUGCGAGGGCGUCGCCGCCGAUCGCGUCGCGCCCGCGUCGCCGCCGCCCCUCUGCGCGGCGAUCCUCCCCUCGGACGCCGCCUCCGCUCGACCGGGCCUGUCCCUCGUCGUCGCCGGCGCCGCGCUCUGCGCCGAGAUCGUGCUGGGCCCUCGCGGGGUGGCCACAUACCGCGUCGACGACGGCGGGUACAGGCGAGCGGUGGAGAUUGGCGCGGAGCUCUACGCCGGGGGUGAACUCGCGGCGCUCGGCAGGGUGCUCAAGCAGGCGCGAGCCGCGCCGCCCGGAUUGGGGUUUGCGAGCGACGGCGCCCCCUCCGUCGGCGGCGACGCCCCCGCGCUCCUGUUCCUGCAGGCGCUUCGCGCGAGCGCGGACGUCGCUUCUACAAGGGGGGUGGUGGUACCGGGAUCAACAAGCGACGACGACGCCGCGACGGAGGAGGCGCUCGGGUUGUUCUUCCGCGCCGCGUCGGGAAUUCGCGAUAAAAUGUCCGGUGACGUUUCCGGGGACCGAUCGAACGUUCCGAUGGACAGGGACGACGAAGGCCCGGGCGAGGGUGACGCGAAAAAGUCGGUGGACGAUUCGUGCUCCGACCCGCUGCUGCAGCACCUGGUGAAGCUGCUGCGGAGCAUCAUGUCCGGCUUCCCCGCGGCGGGUUUCGACGCCGGCGAUGCGAAUAUGCCCCCGGUUUCCGCGCUGGAGUACUACGAGACUUUGAUGCUCUUCUUCGAGCGGCUCGGGUGCUCGCUGGGCGCGAUGCGAUGCGCGCACGCGGCGCUUCGCGAGGUUGAGACGGCGCACGCGGAGGAUGCCGCGGCCAGGUUGCGCAGAGCGGCUCGUUUAUGGGCCAACCUCCUCCAGUACGCGCUCGACCUCGGCGACUGGUCCGCCGCGUACGCCGCGGUGCUCUCCGUCCCCGGAGCCGACGCGCAGAACGCCGCGCUUCGCAGGCUGGUCGCCGCGUUGUGCGAGCCCGGCGACGUCCGCGGCGGCGCCGCGGCGCUCGUGCGCCUACCCCUCGGACCCGACAGGCUUCCCGCGGUGGUUCGCGCGCUCGAGGGACGCGCGGCGGCGGCGCCAAUCGACGCCGUACCCAACCCUUCGACGAUGCUCCACGCGCUGCACGUCGCGAGGGGCGCGCCGGCUCCGGCGGCGGCGGCCAUCUUGCGACACGCGCGGCGGCUCGGGGAGGCGGCGGCGUCGGCGGCUGCUCGCGCGGAGCAGUUGGCGGCGUCCGGGGUUGACUCGGAGUGGGCGUCGUCGGGCAAGCCGUCGUCGGCGAGAGCCGCCGCCGGCGGCGAGGCGAGGCGGCGGCUGGCGGAGGCGCUGGAAGCGCACUGCGGCGCGCUUCUCGUCGCGAUAAACUCGCUGCGGCUGUGCCCGCCCGGCGCUCGCCACGUCGUCGAGGAGUGGCAACCCGAGCGGAAGCUCCGCGAGUUGACCAUCGACGGCGACGACGACGGCGGGAGGUUGGUUGAACCGAUGGAUGACGAAACAUUGGCGGGUGACGAAAACGCCGAGCCGGUUCGUUCAACCGCGACAGCCGUGCCCCACCCCAAGCGCAGGCGCCGCGUCCCGCCCGCCCCCGAUCGCACCUCGCUGUCCCGGCUCCUUCGCGAGUACGCGCUGUCCGCGGCGAGGCUGGAGCUCUGCGCCGCGGGCGCCGAGCCGGCGGCGCUGGGGUGCUCCGACGCCGAGUUUGGUCCAACUCGGACAGAGGCGGAUCGGAUCCCCGGACUCGUCGCGUCGCUGUGCGCGCACGGCCUGUUCCGCGCGGCGACCAAGCUGGCGUGCUCGUGGUGCGAGGGGGAGGCGCUGACGGAGCUCGUGACGGUCAUCGCCGCGACGCUGGCGGCGAGGGCGGCGCUCGCGCAGACGCGGGGACGCACAGCUGUGCGCGAAGAAUCGGGGGGACGUUUUCGGGGCUUUGGAAGGGUCAUCGACGGCGAGCUGGGCGCCGGCUGCGACGCAAAAGCGGCCGAGGCGGUCGCCGCCGUCACCGAGCCCCCGCCGCGGACCGCGACGGCGUCGCUGGCGUCCGCGGGCGGCGUCCUCGGGUCGGAGGCUAUCGACGCGGCGGCGGUUGAGGCGUCGCCGGCGGCGGCGUGGGCGGCGCUCCGAGCGUUUCUCGAGGCGCACUGCACUGCGGAGAGAAACUUCGCGCCGACGGAGGCGGCGGCUCGAGCCGCCUUGUCCGCGGGCGCCGCGACGCUCCGCUUACCCCAGUGGCUGACGCGGAGGUUCACGCGCGGGCGGGGGGGCGGGGAUACGGAUGUAACGGCUGUAACGGCCGCGGGCGGGAUGGCUCGGCGAGGCGCCAACCCCACCGCGCUUCUCGCCAUUUACGCGCAACACGGCCGGCUGGAGGAGGCGGCGAGGUUGGCAAUCGCGGAGCUUAAAGCGCACGCCCAGGGCGCGGACGCGGUGACGAGGACCAGGUUCGCGUCCGCGUGGUUUCCGACGCCGCUGUUGAUGCACGUGUGCGACCUCGUCGCCGAAGUGCCGGCGCUGGACGGGCUUCGGGCCGAGCUGGAGUCGGCGCUCGACGAGCACAGGAGGCGGACAGAGGCGGACAGCGCCAAGCUCGCGGGGUUUGAGUUUGCGAAUACGCGGUGA